AAACGUAACUGUAUUUUUCCAUAUUUCUAUUCCAGAUUAUCCCCCAUCGAAUCAAGCAUGGAGGGAAACCGACACAAUUUUUCCAUGUAUCUGCACGGAGCCGUGUUGAUCUUGUCGGCUGUUUUGUCAACUUUCGGUGUGGUGGGCUACCUGCGUUACGGUGACAGCACAGAACAGAUGCUGAAUAAAAACAUCCCAACGUCCACAACAGUGGGGCUGGCCAUAAACAUUUUCCUGUGUUUAGGGGUCUUGUUGACUUUUCCCUUACAGAUGUACCCCGUCAUAGAACUGGCUGAGCUUUUCGUGUUUCGGCCGAAGAAAACAGAACCUGACAAAGAUGGCAAAACCAACGAGAAAAAGAAUGGGAGCAUGUCACGUGUGACGGACGCCGUGCACGUGGCGACCUACUUACAUAAUGAGGUUCCCACGUGGAAGAGAAACCUGUUGCGACUCAUCAUUGUGCUGUUAGCUGCUGGGAUUGCAGUGUUGACGAGAGAUUUCUUCGCCUACUUCACGGCAUUCAUAGGUGCUGUCGGCAGUUCGGUGCUCGCCUACAUCUUACCUUGCCUUUUUCACCUGAAACUUCGCUGGCACGAGCUGUCCCUGGGCAUCAAGGUGAAGGACGUGGUCAUCGUCGUCUUUGGGGUCCUCGCCAGCGUGGUCAGCCUGUACACCACAAUCAGUGAGGUGGUCAGCAAGGUGUGAUGAUUGGUAGCUGACCCGUGAAACAUAUGCUGACCCAUGCAACACGCUGACCCAUAUAGCAAAUUCUGGUCCAUACGGCAUCGCCAGUUAUUGACAAUUUAAUUAAUCACCGAGAUGCAGUUGUCUAAUUGGAGAACAUUUGGUAUAAACAUUCGUCUAACUGGAUUAUUUUGGCCUUGCGCUGUCAACCUAUUUGGCUAAAGGCUGUUUGGGUUAAAGAUCCCUUUCACACAUUACGUAUGCGUAAACUGUUAUUUAUAUUGUACUUUGUACACUUUUUGGUGUAUAAACCACAUCGAAACAAAUGUUAUUUGUUGGUAUACAUGUACAUGACACGUUUGUAACUAAAGUUAAUAUACAAUUAAAAGAGCGGCGUUAUGAGAUAUAUGAUCUGCAUCUGCAUAGUCUUUCCAUUUCUCAAAGUUUACCACUUCUCUAUGUUUACCACUUCCCUAUGUUUACCACUUCUC